AUGUCGGAUGUUCUUGCACUGUUUAAGCAAAUCACAAACGAAGACUUUUCCACCGGUGCAACCAGUGAACUGCGUCAAAUACUCGAUUCAGUCGGGCAUUUUUCUUUCACUGACGAUGACACUGUUGAUUUGGGAGACGUUUUAAAGACGUGUUUGGAUUUUGUCGGUCGUGAUGUCAGUUGCUUUCCGACGAUUCACAAGUACAUAAAUAAAGAUCCUAGGAUAGCGCGUCUUUUAUCGCGUUUUUUGAUGAUUGUUAACAAGCAAGAAGGUAAAACCGUGAAGCAAACAAAACAAAGUGAAAGAAAUUAUAACACAGAUCUGAGAAACAGCUCUCACUUGACAAGUAAUUCACCGGCUUCCCAGGAAGUCAUUAUUAUUGACAGUGACGACGAUAAUGGUAGAAAUGUUUCUGCCGUAAAACAAGGGAAAAACGGAUCGAACAAUAAUAGUAGGCGACCGAAUUUAGGAAAUUCCGUAAGCCAAGUUCGAGGUAUAUCACAGAAUGAUAAAAGAUCAAAAGUUACUGAGCAAAUGGACAUUGAUAAAUACGGUGGAACACAACAAAUUGAUCAGAGUAAUUCAGCAAAUGGUAUCGAUUUAAUUAAUAUCAACUAUGGAUCUAGUUCUAAAGUGAGCAAUAGAGAGUAUAGAAUUGUCAAUUUGGUUCGAGAGAUGAGUAAUGUAUCUAUCAAAUCCACAUCAGCCGAUAGGACAGUUGAUAUACCAGAGGGGAAGAUCGAUGACUAUCAAAAUAAAACUGAUAACAAACGGUCGAAAAUUACAGUCUCUGGUGUAGAAGGGGAUCGCAUGUACAUUCCGGUGACCGAACUUCACCGAGAUGAAACGUCCAUGCAAAUCGAUAAAGUGCUACCUUCAUCAGAUCAGCUAUACAGUCAAAGAAAAGUGGAAAAACAAAUUAAUGUCGGAAAUAUAGUAAUCCAAUAUUAUGUGGCUAGAUUGGCAGCGAAAAAAUAUUGUGACUUUAAAAAUGAACCGCUCAGAUUCGCCGUUGAACUUUGCGUAUCCGAAAAGGUUCUGGGAUUACUUUCAAAGUCUCUUCGACUAUUUGACAUAUACGGUAAUUUCAUUCAUCAGGAGAAUGCCGAACAUACAAAGUUAUUUUUUGGUAGAUAUCACACAUAUGUUGGUGAAGUCGAGACAGUCAAACUUAUCGAACAAAUGUUCAGUGGACUCCUAGAAGCGCUGCUAAAAGUUGCCACCGAUUAUACUUAUGGUGUGCAGGAAUCGCAAAGUUCACAAUCUAUUACAGAACAAUUUAUCUCAAAUCAUUUCAAUAUUAAUUAUACUUUACCGAGUUCGUUAGUUCGAUUAAACUUGAGAGGAGUGGCUCCCGAAAUAUUCAUUGGAUGGUCGGUUUGUAACCGUAAAACUAUUCCCUUGUAUUAUAUCGUCCCUGGUGAUUACAAAUCUGUUACUGCACAAGUUCGUCUCAGUGAGAGUAUAUUUGUCGAGAAAUCUGGUGAAUACUGGAAGAGUGCAUUGAUCGGUGCAUUCUGGAAAGCAUACGAAAAGGCUGGAUUACCGUAUAAUAUCAAAGAUAUUAACGAUGUCGAAGUCAUAAAGUCCGUUAUCAAGAAAUCUAAGGCACAAUGA